AUGGCUUCGACCCUUCAGCCGGAGAUGGACAACGAGUCAAUGGCAUCAUCGCCGAGAUCGGAAUAUGAUAAUCAGCCACGUGUACGGUUCAUGUGCACUUUUGGAGGAAGGAUAUUGCCUCGUCCACCCGAUAAUCAGCUCAGCUACGUCGGUGGUGACAAUCGUAUGAUCGCCGUUCACCGUAACACUAGUUUUGCCUCUCUACUCAACAAACUUGCUAAACUCUCCGGUAAAAGCAACAUCAGCGUCAAGUACCAGCUACCAAACGAAGAUCUUGACGCGUUGAUCUCCGUAUCAACGGACGAGGAUGUAGAGAACAUGAUGGACGAAUACGACCGCAUCGCACAGAAUCAGAACCCACGCUCCUCUCGUCUCCGUCUCUUUCUCUUCACCAAUAACAUGGCCGGAGAAGAUGACAACGAUAGUCGAGCAAGCAGUAUCAGCUCUCUCCUCGACAGCUCCGUCAAUCGAGAGCAAUGGUUCCUCGACGCCCUCAAUCUCGGCUCCUCCGCCGUGACUAACGGUGGUUCCGGCAAAGGUUUCGAACGCGUCAGAUCUGAAGUUUCCUCGAUCGUUUCCGAGGUUCCAGAUUACCUCUUCGGCUUGGAUACUUUCGAUGAGUCUGCUCCGCCGCAUGAGCUCCGUGAUCGUGAUCCGAGAGCUAAGAUCCGACGAGAAGUCUCGACGCUUUCGGAUCCUGGCUCGCCUCGUCGCGAUGUUCCCUCGCCGUAUGGUUCGACCUCUUCGGCUCCUGUGAUGCGGUCGUCUACACCUGAACUUCAACCGGUUCAAACUAAACCGGAUAGUCCAGAACCGGUUUCGACUCCAAAGUCUGAUCCUCAACCGGAGCAAGUAAUUCAACAGAGUAAUCUUCCGGUUAACUCGCGAUGGCAAUAUGCCCCUGCCCCUGGCCCACAGGUUCAUUACCAACAACCGGUUUAUUAUGUUCCUAAUUCGGUUCAACCGGGGAAUCAUAUGGUUCAAAUGCCGGGUCAGUAUCUUCCACAAUACCAUCAUGUACCAAUGGGAUACCAUCACCAACCUCAGACUCAUCAGAUUCCUGGUCCGGGUCAAGUAUAUAGUGGAACUGUUAGGCCCGUUAUGAUGGCAGUUGAUGGAGUUAACCGGACGGCUUAUUAUGAUAUGAAAACGCCCGGUCCGGUUCAGAUGUAUCACCAUCACCCUGGCAUGGUUGUUCCUGGUGUGGAAGGACAAUACAGAACCGAAUCGGAUUCUGAUCCGGGUCAGGCUUCUUAACGGGUUUAAGAGAAAUGAGAAAAUAAUCUUCGUCCUUGGAGGCGUGUCUAUGUGUGAACUGUGUAUUGCAUUUUUUCGACUUCAUUUAAGUUUCUUUUUUUUUGGGUGUAAUUUUGUCAAACUUGUAUUACAAGCUACGAUGAACAAUGAAACACAAUGUAAACCUUAUCGUCUAUAAAUAAUUAAGUAUAUCUGUGGUUUGUUAUU